AGGUUAACACCAUCCAACGGAACAGCAACGGAGCCACACGAUUUUCCUUUAGUAACUUACACAGUAGUUUUGGAUCCAGGACAACCGCGAACUGUUUACUACAGAGUUAACGUUACAAACGAUAUGUUGGAAGAAUAUAGUGAGCAUUUUCUCCUUACUUUGUGGCCAAUUGACACAAAAGUUGUCAUCGUUGAUCCUUCGGUUGCUAACAUAACAAUUGGUGAAAGUGAUGGUAAAGUGAAUAUUCAUGGUUAUGUUUCAUAUUACAAUUGAUACUACCCUUGGAAAAACAUACAGAUCUUUGUCUUUCACGCCAAUUAAGUGAGAAACAGUUCUAAUUCUACAUUAGGGAAGGUUCAUUAUUUGUGAGUUGGAAGGGAGGUAGAGGGGACAACGAUUGGAACUAUUUUAUGCCGUAGUAAAAGGGAAGUUGUAUAUGUUUAUUCCAACUCUUGCCAAGGGGUUUUUAUACUUUCUACCACAUGUAACUGGAGGUCGUUUCAAUAAUACAAUAUAGUUAAACCUUCCCCCUCUUAACCCAUGAAUUAUAAGAACCUUUCCUUAGCCUCGCAGCCAUGGCCGCCGCAUAUGAUGAAAAUAAUAAUUUUACAAGUGGAAGUAAAUUUCAUAUAUGAACCUUUCAUAUACAUGAAGAAUAUGUGAAACGCAAACUUCAUUUACGAAAAUUCGUAAUUCCAAUUUAUAAUAGCCAGAACAGCCAACAAUUUAAUAAAUAGAAUAUAAAAUGGACCGAAAAAUGAACAUCUUGAAAAACACAAAUAAGGAUUAAAGGCAAGACGGAAAUUUUAAAUGAUUAUAUUUCGAUCUUAUUACAGAAUCAUCGAGAGACCAACUGAUUUUGAUAAUAUAGAAAUACAUGCAACCAUUUAAAUUCAUGUCUUGCUUUUAGUAAAUAUAGCCUAAUUAUUGGGUUUUUCAAUAUGUUUUCAUUUUUUUGUUCUUGUGUUAAAUUUUAUUUCAAAUUACAAUUUGUUUUCAAAUCUGAGUUAAUAUUUUCAUAUAAUUUAAUGCAUGUAAAAGAGAUUUAAUUAAUCAGAAAUAGAUGUGGAAGGAAAAUUCCGUCUAGCAUAGUGUAUGACAUUAGUUCAAUGUUAAGUUAAUAAUCCUACGCACUAGUUCAAUAAUGUCAAUGAAAAUUCGUUUUACAGUAUUUAAUGAUAAUUUUACCACUUUUGUUACUGAGAAAACCUUGGUAGCGUAUACAUUAACUUAACGUAUGCAUUAACAUUUUUAUAACUCUUUCUAAUAGAUAUUUUCUUCUGUGAUCCCAAUGCAAACCAAUAUCCUUGUCAUAUCAAGUCAGAUUGUGUUGAUGUCCCUGGCUCUUUCCAAUGCACCUGCGUUAGUGGCUAUGCAGGCGAUGAAAAGUCCUGUACCAGUAAGUAUACUGUAUAUAGCAAUUCUUGAGCUCUCCGAUGGAUAGGACAGAACACAGUAAAUUAAGUAAAAAUGCUGCUCACACUCUUGAUGUCAGUUAUGAUUUUACAGCUAGAGGUUAAUCAACCAAUUAAACACCAUGAAUCUUUCAAAUAAGAAAUAAUUAAAAAAUAUUGAAUGGGUUGAGCGUGAUAUAAAGUACUAUCAAGGUCGAAGUUUUUGUUAAUACUACGUGUCUUUACGUGGGUAACCUACGCUGGUCUAGGCCUUAGGUUGUAUUACAACAGCAUGAUGUAAUUGCAUUUAAUAUCAUCUUUUCAUAUCAACGUUAUGACGUUGAAAAUUAUGUCUGACUCCUGCUUUUAGUUCCUAAAAAUAGCUCCUACUCCAACGUCCUAAACACCUACUUAUAGUUCCUGAAUUGUCCUAAAUAGCGCUACCCUACUCUUUGUUCCUAAAUUGUCCAAAAUAACUCCAACUCCUACUUCCUAAAUUGUCCUAAAUAGCUCCUACUCCUGGCUCCAAAAUUGUCCUAAAUAGCUCCUAGUUCCUAAAUUGUCCUAAAUUGUCAGAAAGUGCGUUCAGGAGUAAGUCCAUUGCCAUUGGCGAAGUAGUUUUCAAAAACUACGUUGUGUAAGUCGAGAAAAUCAAAGUUAAAGUUUAUGUAAAUCAAGGGAAAUCUCUUGUCACAUAUACAGUAUAUAGAUACGACACGCUUAUGAUUUUUAUUUGUGUUUUCCUCAUGAAUUAUUGAGUUUUUGAAGUAUAUAUGUAGAUCACAGGAAGCAGCGCAAUAAUUUUUCAUUUUCUACCUCAUGCAGACAUCGAUGAAUGUCUCACUAUCGUGUGUCCAUUCAACGCCACUUGUGAAGAUAC